UUGUCAGCCAGCCAGUCUGUCGGUCAGAAGUAUUCUUCUUCUGCUCCGUCAAGAAGCGCAGCGGGUUGUGUGUGCGUCCGUGUUUCAGCUCUCCGCAGCGGGCUCCAGGCGCAGGAUGGCCCGGGUCUCGGUGUCCGCAGCCCCCGCUCGGAUUCAGUCUAAUAAUGCGGAGAUUAUCCAGCAGCAGCGGCGGUGUUGAUGCUGCGGGGAUCGGUGUCGGCGAAGCGGGCUAACAUAGCAGCUCACUGCGCUAGCCGGAGCCAGGAUGAUUCGCUGGAUCCGACAACAGCUGGUGGGUGAUAUCGUGAGAGUAGCCAAAGACGAGACGUUUCCCGCAGAUCUGGUGCUGUUAUCAUCGGAUCGGGCCGAGGGGACGUGCCACAUCACCACCGCCAGCCUUGACGGAGAGACCAACCUGAAGACCCACUAUGCUGUGCCGGAAACGGCGGUGUCGCAGUCUGUGUCGCGGCUGGAGUCUCUGCAGGCGGUGGUGGAGUGCCAGCAGCCAGAGGCAGACUUAUACAGGUUUGUCGGGAGAAUAACAGUAACCCAGCAUGGAGAGGAGAUAGUCAGACCAUUAGGACCAGAGAACCUCCUGCUUCGAGGAGCAAGAUUAAAAAACACCAAAGAAAUAUUUGGUGUGGCUGUGUACACGGGCAUGGAGUCCAAGAUGGCUCUGAACUACAAGUGUAAAUCUCAGAAGCGCUCUGCAGUGGAGAAAUCAAUGAAUACAUUUCUCAUCAUCUACUUGGGCAUCCUGCUGUUUGAAGCCAUCCUCAGCACCAUUUUAAAGUACGCCUGGCAGGCGGAGGACAAGUGGAACGAACCGUUUUACAACCAGAAGACCGAUCAGGAGAGAAACAGCAGCCAGAUUUUGAAGUUUAUUUCGGACUUCCUGGCUUUCCUGGUGUUGUAUAACUUCAUCAUCCCCAUCUCGCUGUACGUGACUGUGGAGCUGCAGAAGUUUCUGGGCUCCUUCUUCAUCGGCUGGGACUUGGAUCUGUACCAUGAAGAAAGUGACCAGAAAGCUCAAGUCAACACAUCAGACCUCAAUGAAGAGCUGGGCCAGGUGGAGUACGUCUUCACUGACAAAACGGGGACCCUGACGGAGAACGAGAUGCAGUUUCGGGAGUGCUCCAUCAAUGGGGUCAAAUACCAGGAGAUCAACGGGAAGCUGGUUCCUGAAGGACUGACAGAAGACACACCAGACGGAUCCCUGCCUUGUCUGAGCCGUGAAGAGGAGCUGUUCCUGAAAGCCGUGUCUCUGUGUCAUACGGUGCAGAUCAGUUAUGAUCAUCCUGACGCCGCGGCGGACCCCUUCUCUCACGCUAACGGCUUCUCUGCGCAGAUGGAGUAUUACGCCUCGUCUCCUGAUGAGAAAGCUCUCGUGGAGGCCACCAAGAGGAUGGGAGUCACGUUUAUGGGAAGCCAUGGAGAAAUCAUGGAGAUUAAAAAGUUCGGAAAAGCAGAGAAGUACAAACUGCUCCACGUUCUAGAGUUUGACGCAAACCGCAGAAGAAUGAGUGUGAUCCUGCAGACACCUUCAGGUCAGAAGGUGCUGUUCACUAAAGGAGCCGAAUCCGCCAUCCUGCCCUACACCAAGAGCGGUGAGAUCGACAAAACCAGAGUCCACGUGGACGAGUUCGCUCUGAAGGGUUUGAGGACACUGGUGGUGGCCUGCAGGCACUUCAGUGCGGACGAGUACAGAGAUGUGGACCGGCGGCUCCAUGAGGCCCGGACGGCUCUUCAGCAGCGAGAGGAGAGACUGGUGGAGGUCUUCAACUUCAUCGAAAGAGACCUGGAGCUGCUGGGGGCCACUGGGGUGGAGGACAAGCUUCAGGAUAAGGUCCAGGAGACAAUUGAAGCUCUGCGAUUGGCUGGAAUCAAAGUGUGGGUGUUGACAGGAGACAAGCACGAGACGGCGGUCAGCGUGAGCCUCUCCUGUGGUCAUUUCCAUCGCACCAUGAACAUCCUGGAGCUCGUGCAGCAGAAAUCAGACAACGAGUGCGCAGAGCAGCUCCGCAGGCUGGCCCGGAGGAUUAAAGAGGAUCAUGUGAUCCAGCAUGGGCUGGUGGUGGACGGGGCCAGUCUGUCUCUGGCUCUGCGGGAGCAUGAGAAACUCUUCAUGGAGGUGUGUAAGAACUGCUCGGCGGUGCUCUGCUGCAGGAUGGCACCUCUCCAGAAAGCCAAGGUGGUGCGACUGUUGAAAACAUCCCCAGAGAAGCCCAUCACAUUAGCCAUUGGUGACGGAGCCAAUGACGUCAGCAUGAUCCAAGAGGCUCACGUUGGUAUUGGAAUCAUGGGAAAAGAAGGAAGGCAAGCCGUGCGAAACAGCGACUAUGCAAUCGCGAGGUUUAAAUUCCUCGCCAAAUUGCUGCUUGUGCACGGCCAUUUCUACUACAUUAGAAUAGCAACCCUCGUGCAAUACUUUUUCUACAAGAAUGUGUGCUUUAUCACUCCCCAGUUUUUAUACCAGUUCUUCUGUCUGUUCUCUCAGCAAACUCUCUAUGACAGCGUGUAUCUGACGCUGUAUAAUAUCUGCUUCACCUCUCUGCCCAUACUGGUGUACAGUCUGUUUGAGCAGCUGGUGCAUCCUCACGUUCUGCAGAGCAAACCAGCACUUUACAGAGACAUCAGUAAAAAUUCCCUGCUCUCCUUCAAAACCUUUUUGUAUUGGACCGUCCUGGGCUUCUGCCAUGCCUUCGUCUUCUUCUUCGGGUCCUACAUCCUGAUGGGAGAAGACACCACGCUGAUGGGAAACGGACAGAUUUUGCGAGCUAACAGGCAACUGAUGUUUGGAAACUGGACGUUUGGCACUUUAGUAUUCACUGUGAUGGUUAUUACGGUAACACUGAAGCUGGCCUUAGAGACACACUUCUGGACGUGGAUGAAUCACUUCGUCACGUGGGGCUCCAUCGCCUUCUACUUCAUCUUCUCCCUGUUUUACGGCGGCAUCAUCUGGCCGUUCCUUCACACGCAGGACAUGUACUUCGUCUUCGUCCAGCUUCUGUCCAGCGGCUCGGCCUGGUUCGCCAUCAUCAUCAUCAUCAUCACCUGUCUGUUUCCUGACGUCAUCAAGAAGGUGUUUUACCGGCACCUGCACCCCACCAGCACGCAGAAAUCUCAGUUUAUUGAGGCCUACCAGGGCAUCGGAUGCGUGGACUCCAUGUGCUGUUUCUCAGAGGGGCAAAACGCCUGCUCACGGCUGGGCCGGCUGGUGGAGCGACUGAUGGGCCGCUGCGACCCAGCCCGGACCCCCAGAUCUUGGCACGACUCCGACACCUUCUUCUCCAACGACCGGAGCAUCCUGACGCUCUCGCCCAUGGAGGUCUCUCAUUGUUAAAGCACCAGCCCAAAAAAACAAAAAAAGGGACCGAGUUUGAAGACGCCUGCCCCUUUACCUCCCUCCCCCCACUUGUCCAAUCACCAGCCAGACUUUCUCUGAUGUCACACUUAUCAAGCUCUGUUAAUCAGAGCAUAUAAUCAGCAACGAGGAAUACGCAGUGGUCCCCCCCAACAAAUAACCAAAGGAUUGGACUCUUGAACGCUUCUGUGUUUUCGGCUGCUCAUAAAAACCUUGAAACUGUACACAAAUGGCCGCCGUCUUUCCUGAGGAAAAAUGAAGGAGGUCUGUUUUUGAAGCCAUAUAAUUCCCUCCUUUAAUUGCCUGAUUUUCAAGGUGUAUUAAACAUGUGUAGCGCCAGCUCACCAAACCUGUAGCCUCCUACCCUAAGAUGCCUACCUGUACACCCGGGUUGUACAGACUUUACCACGAUGCAAGAAUGUCGAGGAGGGAAACUCAAGCAUAUCAUCCUUUAAGCCUCCAUCAGUCAUGUGCCUGCAUAUUAUGUCUCGUUUUCCACUGUUGCAUGUUUUAUUUUCGGCAUUUCUGUCCACAAAACAUUGCUGUGUUUAUUUUUUUUUCUGCUUGUGUUGCUAACCACUUGUCAAGCGCUGUUUGUUUGUCUGUGUGUGUGUGUGUUAUUUAAUCUCGUGAGAGGGCAUAGUCUUGAACUGAAUAAUACUCGUCCUAAAAUAAGGCCCGGAGCAUUGAGACAACCGUUUUAAACUUGCUUAGAUCAACUAUAUUGAAGUUUAUGAUAUCAAGACUGCAUGCUACACAUGUCUCAAUAAUCCUAUAAACAGAGGCCUGAGGAAACUGGACCUAAAUGCUCCCAUUUUGAGGAGUCUCAUCUUUUUUGGGGGCGGAUUUCUCUUUAUUUUUGUGCUGCAAGACUGAGGAUUUCGGGUGAAAUCUGGUGCCGUGACCCGGAUGGGAGUUGGGAAUCUGCAUUUAUGUUGGAGUAUGGUUACAUUUAGAUUAUUUUCUAUCUUCUUCUCUUCAGUUUUAUUCGUAUAUCACUUUUCAUGUCAAUGUUCAAACCCCAAACGACUCCCGACCGCUGAUCAUAACUCUGUUUGGCUAUAUAAUGUGUUGAAUUAUAUAGCGACGCCACUUAUUACUCAGAGACAUUAGCAAUAAGACUCAAUCUAGACUGGAAAUACCUGAUCUAGCCGUGAUGUCAGUCAUCCAUAAUGCGGUUGCAUCUUUAUUUUCGUGUGUGUACGUAUUCAUGCGUUCUUCUUCUUGUACUCUCCUUAAUGGUGAACAUGUUUAAUUGCUGAUGUUUAUGAAAGUUCUAUUUACAGAAUAAAUACAUUUAUAAAACC